GGCUCGCUGUGUUGAACCAAGUCUGUCACACGUGAAUGAAUGUCUGAAUUGAUGUGCGCCGAGUGUGCGCGAGGCGAGUCGGUCAUUCAACUAUCGACAACUCACUGCUCCACCAUCCAUCCCACAUCACAACAAGAAAGUUUCGAUGAGCAGCAAGUAGGCCAACCAACCAUUUGCAUCCGCUGCCACUCCCACCUCCCGCCCUCAUCAACGAAAGAAAAAAGACGCCAGCCAAACAGCCCCACAGCCCCACUGACAGCUACUUGGGUAUGGCCUUGGCGAGCAUGCUCAUGCCCUUGAGCAGCGGGUUGCCGUCGAUGCGCCGCUGCAUCUCGUCCAUCCGCCGCUGAUGGGCCAGGUGCUCGCGCACCAGCAGGACGGCCGCCGUGAUGCCGAUGAGCAGCACCAGCUGGGUGAAGCGGUUGCUCAGGUCGAGCCACGGCUUCUUGUUCUUGCGCUUCGGCUCCUUCUUGUCGCUCUUGCUCUCGGCGGAGGUCUCGGUGUUGUUCUGAAUCACGAUGGGCGACUUCUGGUUUUGCAGGAACGCCGUGGCAAUUUCAGACAUGACGGCCUGAUUCAUGCCGUCCCUCCGCACACCAGAAGAGUCCUGCCACAUCAACUGGCUCGUAUUCGACGACGGAUAGCACUGAAAUCGAAUCGUGACACACGCAAACAGAAGGAAGAAGUCCUUCAAGUGCAGUUAAUCUUAUCGGACAGCCCCCUGCUCCCCUGCUUACCGCUUGGAACUGGUACGCCAUGCGCUUGGACCCCUCAUCGACGUCACUGCCGACGCGGACCGAGGUGAAGGGGUGAGGGUGCGCCUUCUUGAAGUCGUGAUCAAGAAACGAAGCGAAAUCAGCCAUUCCGCCUGGCUUAGCUCCGCCGCCUCUGCCCUGUCCUCACGGCGCUAUCCUGUCUUCCACGACAGCUUGCAUGGAAGUUUCACUCCUGCCCUAACAGUGCAACUUUUGCUGACACAAGAAGGAAAGAGCAGAGGACUGGAACGACGCACGGAAGCGCGUCUGACAUCGCUUUGGUGCGCUUGAAGUCAACCUCUUUUGGGUGAGAAGGGCGGGAGGGUGCACAACGACAAGGAAGCCGGAGGGGGUGGGAUGGCCAUCCCGGCGGUUGAUGGCUU